AUGAAGGAAAUUUUAAUUUCGGCUUUUAAUUGCCUUGCUUCAAAAAUUACUAAACAAGUUCGCGGAAAAUCCUCUCCUUGGUUAUCUUUCAAUAUUAAGGCUGAAAUGAACAAACGUGACAAAUUAAUGCGUAAAGCUUGCAAAUCUAAAAAUAAAAAUAUUCAUGAAGAGUACAAAAGAAAACGAAAUAAAGUAAGUUCUAUGAUUCGCUUUUGGACAGCAAUUAAGCGAGUUUUCUCGACAAAAUCGAAAACCAAUCGGGUUGAGAGAUUAGUCGAUAUAGGUGGCUUGCAACUUGAUGAUCCAACUGAAAUCUCAAAUGGUUUUUGUAAUUAUUUUUCGGCAGCUGUCUCGUUGUUAAAAUCUGCUGCAUAUCUUUUAAUGAAUUUUGUUUGGAGAAGUCAAAAAGUUCUUCCAAUGAGAACACAACAAAGGUUUUCAUUCGGUUAUGUGUCUGUUGUCGAAGAGAUGAAAAAUUUAAAACAGCUGAAAAGAAAAAAGGCCGCUGGAAAUGACGAUCUUCCCCUAGGAAUUCUAAAAGAUACAGCUGAAACAACUUGUCAACCAUUAGCCUUUAUUAUAAAUUUGUCUCUGAAUACUGGAAUACUUCCUAGUGAUUGGAAAACUGCAAAAGUAAUACCAUUGCAAAAAAGUAGUUCGACAGGUAAAUUUGAAGACUAUCGCCCAAUAUCAGUUAUACCAACGCUCUUAAAAAUCAUACAAAAGAUCGUUCAUGCAAGGCUGAGUGAGUAUGUGGCUAAACAUAAUCUAUUAUCUAAAUUUCAAUUCGGUUUUCGAGCAAAAAUGUCACUGAACUAG